AUGAAAGGGAUAGGAGGAAGAAGGGGGCCGGAGGGUUAUGUGGGCGAACUGUAUUACCGGCAGUAUAGGAGCGAGGUGGAGGAUCUGGGGGAGCUGAUGCGGUUGGUAGAGGAAGAAUUGAGCGAACCAGCUGAUCGCGUAGUCUACACAUUUCGAUACUUUGUCAUUGAAUGGCCACACCUCGCUUUUCUAGUGUUCCCCUCGACCGAAUCGAGAAUACCAAUAGGCACGAUCGUAUGCAAGCAAGACGAUCAUCGCGGUCGCACAAAUCGAGGGUAUAUCGCCAUGUUGAGCGUGGACAGGGGAUGGAGGCGGAGAGGUAUCGCUAGCAGGCUGAUUCGGAUGGCUAUUGACGAGAUGACGAGGAGAGGCGCGCAUGAGAUUGUGCUUGAGACGGAAUGCGACAACUCGACGAGUAUAGCACUGUAUGAGUCGCUGGGGUUCAUGCGGGAAAAACGACUCGCCCGGUUCUACUCGAACGGAAAGGACGCGUAA